CUUCUCAUCUCAACGUUUCAAACUCAAACAUUCACACAUAACAAAACACAUAACACAUUUGUUUUAAGAAACACAGUACCAUGUCGAGAGCUGUGGAGAUGACAAUUUUGUCCGCCGAAAACCUCCAAAUGAACAGAAGGCCCGUUAGAGGGAACACGUUUGUGACGGUUCAAUCCGACGCUAGCAGCGAAACGAGUGCCACGAGAGUGGACUCGGAGGGUGGAAGUUACCCUUCGUGGAAUGAGAAGGUUGUGAUGGACGUGCCAUUGCAUGCAAGGUUCAUAACCGUUGAGGUGAGGUGCAAAACGUCGUCGUCGGGGUCUAACAGCGUUGGCGUGGCGCGAAUACCCGUUUCCGAUUUUAUUGGAGGCUACGUGCCCGAAAAUCAGUUGCAUUUCUUGAGCUAUAGAUUGUGGGACGGUAAAGUUAGGAGAAACGGGGUUAUAAAUAUUUCGGUGAGGGUCAAAGUAGUGGAACAUUCUUGUAAUGCGAAUUCUUCUAUGCCAGUGACUGGGGUGCCCGUGGCUGCUAAUGGCUCCACUGGGGUUGUUAGAGGGGUUCCAGCUCUGUGGUUAAACUACCAAACAAAUAUUUGAAGGCUUUGAUUUGUAAAAAAAGAAGAAGUCAUUGGUUUUCCUUCUCCAUUUGCUGUGGAAAAAAUUUGACCAAUAGCAUUAAGAUUGAAGAGGGAUUCACAAAAGAAUAAUUCAAAUAAAUGUUGAGCAAGUAUUGGCAAACUAUUAGCUCAAUUGCUUACUACUUAUGAUUUUUCUAGUAGUAUAUAUAUACAGUGUGAAGAUAAGGGAA